AUGUACAACACGAGCCACCACAGUAUUACUACGUCGCAGCCGUAUGAUUUCGUAAAUUCACUUAAAUUGCUGGAUUACACUCCCAGAACUGUGGUACCCAAAACUGUAACUUUUAAUGAUGUAUCGAAAACAAGAAUUUUCAGAUAUUUGCAUGCUCAUGACUAUGAAUCAUCUCGGCCAUACUCAUAUACACGUACGUAUGGAAACACAUCCUAUUAUACACCACCGACAAUGGCUGCUGAGUCAAGUCGAAUGACGAAAUCGCGUAGUUAUUCGGGUUAUACGUAUGUUGGCGCCGAGCAUAGUUACGACAUAGCGUCAAGACCUCGAUCGUUGACCGAUUAUCAUUUCUGGAGGUCGCAUGUGGCAAGUUCGCCGUGGUAUUGGACAUACUAUGGCAAUAGUGGCUUACGACACUAUAACAGUUAUCGUCCUCGUGCUUACACAAGUCGACUAUCAACUUAUUGGACACCGUAUUUUUAG